AUGUUGCUAGAACAUCCUGGAUCGAGUUGUCAAAAUCCCGGGAAUUUCUCCCGAUACAGCGCAGGUCAAGAGAUUCCUGUAUGCGCGGGCUGUAAUCAACACAUCGUGGACCGCUUCAUCCUCAAAGUGCUGGACCGCCAUUGGCACAGCAAGUGCCUGAAAUGCAGCGACUGCCAAUCCCAACUAGCGGACAAGUGCUUCAGUCGGGAAGAUAGAGUCUACUGCAAAGAAGACUUUUUUAAGAGAUUUGGGACCAAAUGUGCCGCGUGUCAGCAAGGUAUUCCACCGACGCAAGUGGUGAGGAGAGCGCAGGAUUUCGUGUACCACCUGCACUGCUUCGCGUGCAUCGUGUGCAAAAGGCAGCUCGCGACAGGUGACGAGUACUACUUGAUGGAGGACAGCAGACUCGUGUGCAAGGCUGACUACGAAACCGCCAAACAGAGAGAGGCAGACUCAACAGCGAAAAGGCCACGAACAACUAUCACCGCCAAACAGCUCGAGACCCUGAAAAACGCUUACAACAACUCUCCAAAACCUGCCCGCCACGUACGAGAACAGCUAUCGUCAGAAACCGGCCUAGAUAUGCGGGUUGUUCAGGUGUGGUUUCAGAACAGGCGAGCAAAAGAGAAGAGGCUGAAGAAGGAUGCAGGCAGACAGAGGUGGGGACAGUACUUCCGCAACAUGAAGAGGUCGCGAGGCAGUUCAAAAUCAGACAAGGACAGCAUCCAGGAGGAGGGCAUGGACAGCGACGCUGAGGUUUCCUUUACAGAUGAGCCACCCAUGUCGGAGCUCAGCCACUCCAACGGCAUCUACAGUGGCCUGAGCGAGUCGUCCCUGGUCAUGGGGGGCCGCCAGGAGAGCAGCCACGGCCCCUUCCCCCUAGAGCAUGGAGUCCUCCAGUCCCAGGACCAGUACCACAACAUCCGCUCCAGCAGCCCGUACGGCCUACCCCAGUCCCCAGGCUCGCUUCAGUCCCUUCCCAGGCACCAGCCCCCCAUCUCCAGCCUGGUCUACCCUGACUCUGGCCUGUCCAUCAUGACCCAAGGCGGGGCCGCCGGGCUGAACCCAGGCAUGAGAGGAGUGUUGGGUGGCGCUAACGGCCCCAGCUCGGAUCUGUCUACUGGCAGCAGUGGGGGGUACCCAGACUUCCCAGCGAGCCCAGCUUCCUGGUUGGAUGAAGUGGACCAGUUUUGAUUAGCAGGGUUUAUUGGUCAACGUGGUCUAAGGACUCAAAGGUGUGUGUCACAAACUGAAAAGAGACAGUCACACAUGACCUGUGAAACAGAGAGACCGGGUCGGACGGUUGCUGUCUUCCACCCUUCUUGGAUCACUCCAUCUGUCUCUAUCAAUUAACUGUCAAUCUUUUUCAUUUCUCCUCAUCUGAGUGGACUGGAAGGAAGGAUUGGGCCAUCAAAAAGUAUGAAUGGCAGCACUUGGAACUCACACACUCCAUUCCUCAUAGAGAACCAGACUGAGAAUCAUGGCGUGCUGGCCUGUUAUGAAUGCUAUCUUUGUGACAACAUAACAAAUUUCAACUUUUGUCCAAUUGGAUUUUGAUAGACUCUACCCUCAAUCCUUUCCACCUUAUUCUUCUCUCUGUUUUUUGCAGGUUUUGGUUAAAGUCAGAGUCUUUACAUGUCUGGUUGUUGCCAAAUGUCUAUAUAUAUAUACAUAUUACAGUUUAUCAUUGUGAAGACUUUAUUUUUAUACAACCCCUUCGACCUAAUGAAUACCACAGAUAUUAGUACUUUGUACAUUGACAGCCAGGGAUCUAGACAGGUUGUAGAUGUCGCCUCCCACCGAUAACUAGAGGUGCAAUUACUUCUAUGCAUUUGUGUGUUUUCAGAUGCAUCUUAUUCUUUUCGUUCUGAGCUACCUGGGCAUGCUGAAACCCAGGCUGGUGUAUGUGUUUGUUUAUGUGGAAGAUGUUUUAUGUCUUAUUUAUUCUCUCUGAUGAUGACGAUGAUGAUGAUGAUUAAGUGAUACAGGUCUUUAAUAAAUGUGUCAGCUAAAUCCAAACUGA